GUGAAAUUUUUACAUCAAGAUUCCAGACGUUCCAAGAAAACCCACGACAUUGACACAUCAUCUUCUCUAGUAUAUUUAUAUAAGUACUUCUACUUCUUUCUUGCACAGAACAAUAAUACUACAGCUCUAGUUGCCGGAGAUAUGACACCAAAGAGACGAGUUAGGCAGUCAAGAAACUGCAUCAAAGCAUCACUUUCGUCCUCCUUGUGACGCCUGACCGUCGUGAGGUUCUGAUUCGCGACCUACCUACGAACAUCGUUAGCUGCCGAGUAGCACACCACGAUCGUCCACAAACACUGACUCGGUUAUCGACUGUUCAUUCUGAGCGCCAUCCUUGUUCGUUGUCCUCCACUAGAAGGUCGAGAAUCCUAACAUCUACAGUGUCCUCGGGUAGAGUCGUCGAGAGAAACAAAGAACAACUUCUACGCACACUUUCAUGCUACAGAACUCAAAACGAGAAGAAGGAAAAAUGUGCGUCUGCGUCUGAGAUUGUGCUAUAAUUUAUUUCAAUGCAUCAUCGAUUAAAGAGUCUCCGCAAGCAUAAGUAAAAGCUUCGGAUUCAGUGAAAUCCGACUAAAUUCAAUCAAAGCUUGGGUUGAGCGAGAGGCCACUGAUUAUAAAAAGUAGAUUGCCCUCUCCUGAAGAACUCGCAAAGUUUACAAGUUAGCAGUAUUGAUAUUUCCAUUAUGCAUUUUCCCAAAAAGUAAAGCCAUCAAAAUGGACCCUCGCGAGAAGCUUAUCGAAGACCUGCUAGCGCAGAAGCGGUCUUCUAAACAGGGCUACGAUGACGUUAGUCCAGGACCACACGUGGACCAAGACCACUCCCCAGCAGAGGACGAAUGGGGCCAGAAGUGGAGUCAAACAGAAGACCUGGUGAAGAAAUUACUAGCAGAACGAGCUGCUCGUGCUGGAGAUACUUCAAACGAUCAAACUGGAGACGUUGCUGACAAUGCCAAUAACAGAGAGCAGCGAUGGUCGCCGGAGAAGAGAGGUGGAGCAGCUGGAGGUCGGGUAUUUGUUUCACUACAGUUUCGCUUUUGGUUUACUUUGAGAAGAAUAUGUUCUCAUCUUGAAGAUCGUGACAUGAAAAAAUAUGUUUAUGUUUAAUUUUGUCUUCCACCAAUAGUACCAAGAAAGGAGACGUGGUAAUAAAUACAAAAUACGAAACAAUGUCUCCACAGCGCAGCAAAAGUAUCGAUCCACUAGGCCGACCGACUCCUUCAAGCAGUUCCACUGGCCCUAUGAUAAGAGGGACCUCACCGCAAGAAGGACCCUCAUCCUCACGCGGAGGUGCAGGAUCAGCACCGAACUCACCGCCAAGAGCAGACUACGACCAAGCGCUAGCGCAAAAGCUGCUCUAUGAAGGUGCCUCUUUUGUAGAUGCGAACACACCGCUUGGGGUGCUGGCGCAACGGGCUCAGGCAGCGGAGGGACAGAAUCCUCGCAACCCACGAGGUCCCCCAAGCGGCCCACAAGGAGUUGUGCGCAGAGGCCAGGUCGUUCGCGGUCCGUCUGGAGGCGCUUCUACUCGUCCAAAUAGUAGACCACCUGGACGCGGUGGUCCGCAACAUUAAGGCUGUACCUAUUACAUCUUUGGACGCAUCCAUGAAAAGUAUGGAGAAGUAUCAGUAUCUAUAAUCCUAAGGGAGUAAUACUCUCCCAUAAGUACUUUUCGAAAGGGAAUAAUACUCUCCCAUAAGUACUUUUCAAGGAUGCACUUGAACAAAGAUGAAUUACGGCCAGCUCUAACAACAACAGACGAACAAGAGCAAAUCUUCUGGUGCGAGCAAUGGCGGAAUUCCAUUAGAAGAUAGAGCAUCGCUGUGGGCUAGGCAGCACAAGCGGAAACUAGAACAAAGAGGUAAAUUGAAACAGGAGAAAGAAACCAAGGAGCUCGCGAAUUGCACUUUUCGACCGAAUGCGGAUCGGCCGAGCUCAAAGACGAAUGAUACGACGAGGGCUGGGGUACUUCUAGUUCUACUUGCUGUAGAUGAUUUUUGAAAUUUGUCCUAGUAUCUGCUUUCUUCGUCUUCCUCCUCUAUGAUCAGGAUCGACUUCUGUACCAGAUACUCUCUCCAAGAGGAUCUAGAAUCAAUUGCAACUUCUACUUUCCAACUUCCAAGCAAUAACAAGCAUUAAGAACCAAGACCAACCAAAAUAUCUUAAAAUUUCUCCUUUCUCUCCUUCAGCUCGAAUUCGAGGAGUCGGCAGAACAAAUGUUUGAGCGCCUCCACCAUGAGGCGGACCAGAGAUCCAAGAUUCGGGAGAAGGCAAAAAGUUUACUACAGGACACGGAAUUGCAAGAGCUUACAUUUCAACCGCAGUUGCAGCAGGGUAAAAAUUCAUGAAUACUUACACAUGAUCAUGAUCUUGAUCUUCCAGAAUCUUUGGAAUCUUCGGAAUCUUCGCCUUGUGGUCCUUUGAAAAGCUUGUCGUGCUACACGACUACGGUUAUUUAUCGAUAGAGAUAAACAUACAGAUACAGUAGAUACACCACUUCAUUCUCCUCCACGACCUCCUAUAAAUUCGGUUCAUCCCUCAAUGGACGCAUCACCAGGUUCCGCCUCCCGCAAGCGCUCGCAAAGCGCAGCCGGGUACAAACCUCUCAAGGACCGCGUUGCAGAAGUCCAACGCCGAAAAGAGGAAAAACUCCUUCAAGCGCAACUUGAAGUUGAGAAGCGCGAGAACGCCACCUUCAAGCCCAAGCUUUCUGCAGCAAGUGAACGCAUGAUCCAGAAAAAACGCGAAGAAGCUCUGCGCAUGGUCGAAACGGGUCAAGACGUGGAUGGAGAAGCAACACUCUUUGUGCAAAACGCUUCUGUUAAGGGUACAAGAAAUCCAUCUUCACUGUCAUCUUGGUCCCGUUUUUAAAGGGAAAAGGAGACCCAAGAUGCUGCUGGAGAUGGAUUUCCCUUAGUUCUAAUUCUGAGAGGCUGUAUCAAGUGGGUAAGAGGAAGAGCCAAGAACAAGCCUUCAUGGAGCAGCAGGCCACUCAUCCUGCUGCAAUUCGCGGCGGAGGUGGCUCUAGGGCAGGAAGUAGAGUGGAUCAAACGGGAAUGGGCACUUCUACUCUGCUAGGCGAUCUUCACGACCAAGACCUCCAAUCUGGUGGCGUUCUAGCUCCAAAGACAGAAGAAAUAGUGAAGAACAGUGUCUUUUUUCAAGGACCCUGUGCGGAUUUCUUGACGCGACAGCAGACAUUUGAAGAUGCACGCACUCAGAGACGAGAGUUGAGGAGGAAGAUAGCAGACUCGGAUUUGAAAUUCCAGCCUACGAUAUCGAAGGUGUCGGAAGCACUGGCGAGGACGAACGUGAAGCGGUUGAACGAAAGUGAAAAAUAUGAAGAUCCGGUUUGAUCUAGAUCUAGAGUUUCAGGUGAACAAGCAUCCCUAAGAUUUUUCCUGAGGUAGUAGUAUUCUAAACGAUCAUAUUAAGUUUUUAAUGUGAUCGUUUAAUUAUAAGUUGCUUCUACAUUUUUUGGAUUUUUGAGGCACUUCCCUUCCACCCAACAGGGUCUCCUGCUCCCUCCCUUCCCCUUUCAUCCCAAAGACCGCAUCGAUCGUAUGUCCACGGUAGAGGUACAGCGAAGAGAACAGCUGAAACAGAGACUAGCCAGCGAGAUCGCUAUGCAAGACUGCACGUUCCAGCCCAAGAUCAAUCCAGUCUCCACCAAAAUUCGAGAGGAAUUGCAACGCGAGCAGAUGCAAAGGAUCACAGGUGGAGCAAGCGAGUUAGCUGACGACGGAGGGAUGACGACGGGGAGGACGGGUGAUGACGGAGCGUCGAUUAUGGAAAAGGACUUUUACUUAGAAGGAAUAUCAGUAUUACUUAAUAUGUACUACUCUAGUAGUAUUCAUUCAGAGCAGUUUGAGAAGUUUUGUAGUUACAUAUUAGAUACAACGUGGUUAAGCUUAAGUUGAUUUGAUUUAUUGGGUGAAUGGUUCCGGUCUUUGCUAACCUGAAUUUGAUCACAAGGGUUCUCCUCUUUAUGAUCAAUCUCAGGCGACCAAAGACCAGCGCCAUCCAUAGAAGGGAAAAAUUAUCCAUUACUACUAGCUUCGUGUUCGUUCUAAUCCAUCCAUGAACGCCAGCAGCGUCCUUGUCGGCGAGAGGGUGCACGAACGUCUGUACCGUGAGGCCGCAGAGCGAUUGAAGGAAGCCACUUCUGUCAUCAGCGAGAAAGAGAUGGAGUUCAAGAAAGCCUACACGUUUAAACCCGAGAUACGACCUAUCAGCAAGACGAAGAAAGAGUCUCUCUACGCCCAGGACAAGAAGGAGCAAUUGUUGAAGCAGAUCGCAGACACGCAGAGAAGGAGAGAACUGGAGAUCGAGCGGAAGAAGAAGGAAAUCGAAGACGAGAAGAACAAGGACUGCACAUUUCAACCUUCUAGAGGGACGCGACCGCCGAAGCUAACAGCACCAGUAGUGGUGAAUGGAUUGAGCAGGUAUUUCCGUUCCCCGGUUAAUAGUAGGUUUUCAUUUAUCAUCAUGACAAUUCUAUCCAUGUUGACGUUAUCUAUACCCUUCUGCAGGUGCAGCAUCGUAGAAACCAUUGCUAAUUCCUGGUCUUUGCACAAGUAACUAUCAAUUUCCCACAGAUUCCUCGAAAUGAAAGAAGCCGCCAAGAAAAAAGCUGAUGAGGAACGUGCGGCACAAGAAGCCGCAUGGGGUAUGAAGCCGAAAGGCCUACUAGAAAAGCGCUGUGGCGGAGUGACGAUUCCAGCUCCCUUUAGACUCUCGGAGACGCGAGAGGGACGGCGUAUGCUGCGAGCAGAGUUUGAGGCGGAGAGACGGUACUGUAGAGAACACCGAAUAUUAAAACGUUAUUUGUGUCUACUAGUAUCAUGGUGAAGAUGCUAGGACGUUGUGGCGAAAUUGCUUAGGUAUAUUCAUUGCUUCAUCUUCAUCUACUGCAUGCAAAUCUCCCCCGCCGCUUUCCAUAUCUCAUUUACCACCUCCACAAGGUUGCAAGAGUACACGUUUAAACCCCGCACCUUGGAGGGUGCUAGAGCAGCCCAAUUGGAACGCAUUUUGUCCUCUCGCGACCCCUACGUCGAUGAAGUGCCCGACUCCAGUCGGGACUUUGAGGAGGAAGAGUAUCCCUCUAGGUAUUCCGAAAUUCACAGAGCGGCAGCGAGUGCGAGCUGAAGUAGUGGUCGGAGUCCGCGCUGUACCACAUCUUUGCGAAAGCCGCAUAUGAUUUGGCUGGUUUUGAUGGUCAACAAAAUGCACAUGUUGUAAGUGGAAAAGAAAAAGUUAAAAAGUGUAAGUCGUCGAGUCAUCGUCAAAAGUCUCAAUGGCAAGGAUAAUGGACAAAAAGUAAAGGUACUUCGCGAAAGAAUUUCUUCUGAUGAUUAUCUAGCAGUUGUGCUGACGUAAACGUGAUUAUCUAUGGGUCUUUUUUGAACAUUACUUUUAACAUUGAAUCUAAGGCUUUCACCAAAACUUGGAUCGAAAUCUAAAGAUCUGAACGGUACAAAUACAAAAGCGACAGAACAAGACGCAAGAUGAAAGAUAAACAAGAAAACAAGUAGAAUCUCAAGCACUGGACAAGCCGAAUCGUCCCUCAUCGUCCCUCCUGU